GUGGUGUGUUCAUGCGCCUUUAAGAGCCGUAUAUCCUGCUGCCCUCUGCACUAAAUCUCCAUCUCUGCUUUGCGAGGGGGAGAGAGGGGAGAAAAAACACAAUAACAGACAGAAAAACCACCGCAAUGUCAGCCAGCUCUGCUUUCAACGACGAGAAGGGGGGCUCGUCGAGCGUCGGGGAGCCUGAAUAUGGACACGACCCGGCGAGCGGAGGGAUUUUCUCCUCCGACUACAAAAGACACGACGACUUGAAGGAGAUGCUGGACAGCAACAAAGACUCGCUGAAGCUGGAGGCAAUGAAGCGGAUCGUAGCUAUGAUCGCCCGGGGUAAAAAUGCAUCAGAUCUCUUCCCUGCUGUGGUGAAGAAUGUGGCGUGCAAAAACAUUGAGGUGAAGAAGCUUGUCUACGUUUACUUAGUGCGAUAUGCUGAGGAGCAGCAGGAUCUCGCUCUGCUCUCCAUUUCAACAUUUCAACGAGGGUUGAAGGAUCCAAACCAGUUGAUCAGAGCCAGUGCUCUGCGAGUCCUCUCCAGCAUCCGAGUCACGAUCAUCGUCCCGAUUAUGAUGUUGGCCAUCAAAGAGGCCGCCUCCGACAUGUCUCCAUACGUCAGGAAGACAGCUGCUCACGCCAUUCCUAAACUCUACAGCUUGGAUCCAGAACAGAAGGACCAGCUGAUUGAAGUCAUAGAGAAACUCCUUGCAGACAAAACCACACUGGUGGCAGGAAGCGUUGUCAUGGCUUUUGAGGAGGUUUGUCCGGAGCGCAUCGACCUGAUCCACAAGAACUACAGGAAGUUGUGUAACCUGCUGAUCGACGUGGAGGAGUGGGGUCAGGUCGUCAUCAUUAACAUGCUUACUCGCUACGCCAGGACUCAGUUUCUUAACCCGAACAUGAAUGAGUCUCUGCUGGAAGAGGGCAGCGGGGACAAGACUUUCUAUGGUUCAGAUGAAGACGAGGAUGACGAUGAGGAGGACAAAGAAAAGAAGGAAGAGGCUCAAGCCUUGGCUAAGAGGAAGCCGUACGUGAUGGAUCCUGACCACCGACUGCUGCUGAGGAACACCAAGCCACUCCUGCAGAGCCGCAAUGCAGCUGUGGUGAUGGCCGUGGCUCAGCUGUAUUUCCAUCUCGCUCCAAAGGCAGAGGUUGGAGUGAUCGCCAAGGCCCUUGUGCGCCUCCUGAGGAGCCACAGUGAAGUCCAGUUUGUUGUUCUCCAGAACGUGGCAACAAUGACGAUCAAGAGACGGGGGAUGUUUGAACCGUACCUGAAGAGCUUCUACAUCCGCUCUACAGACCCGACUCAGAUCAAAGUCCUCAAGUUGGAAGUCCUCACCAAUCUGGCCAACGAGACAAACAUUUCCACCAUCCUCAGAGAGUUUCAGACGUACAUCAAAAGCAUGGAUAAAGACUUCGUGGCUGCAACAAUCCAAGCCAUCGGCCGCUGUGCUACUAACAUUGGUGAAGUGAGGGACACGUGUCUGAACGGCCUGGUGCAGCUCCUGUCCAACAGAGAUGAGCUGGUGGUAGCUGAGUCUGUGGUGGUUAUUAAGAAGCUUCUGCAGAUGCAGCCGGAGAAGCACAGCGACAUCAUCAAGCACAUGGCAAAACUAACAGACAACAUCCAGGUGCCGAUGGCUCGGGCCAGCAUCCUGUGGCUGAUAGGAGAGUACUGUGAGCACGUACCAAAGAUCGCCCCAGAUGUCCUGAGGAAGAUGGCAAAGUCGUUCACUAAUGAAGAAGACAUAGUCAAGCUUCAAAUCAUCAAUUUGGCUGCCAAGCUCUAUCUCACCAACUCCAAACAGACCAAACUAUUGACGCAGUAUGUUCUCAACUUGGCCAAGUACGACCAGAACUACGACAUCCGCGAUCGAGCUCGCUUUAUCCGCCAGCUCAUUGUUCCCACUGAGAAGAGUGGAGCUCUCAGCAAGUACGCAAAGAAACUGUUCCUCGCCCUCAAACCUGCACCAGUCCUUGAGUCUCCUUUUAAAGAUCGAGACCACUUCCAGUUGGGUUCAUUGUCCCACCUGCUGAAUGCCAAGGCUGGCGGCUACCAGGAGUUGCCUGACUGGCCUGAAGCCGCCCCUGACCCCUCCGUGCGCAACGUGGAGGUGCCUGAAUGGACCAAGUGCAGCAGCAGAGAGAAGAGGAAGGAGAAGAAGGUGGAGAAGCCGUUCUACUCGGACUCAGAGGGCGAGUCUGGGCCGACUGAGUCUGCUGACAGUGAGUCCGACUCUGCCAGCAGCUCCGUAAGUGGCAGCCGCAGCGAGGAGAGCGGGUCGGGAUCAGAGAGCGAAGAAAGCGAGAGUGGCUCUGAGUCUGAAGAAGAGGAGGAGGAGGAGGAUGAAAAGGACAAGAAAAAGAAAAAGAAGGAAUUAAAGAAGCCUGUGCAAGAAAGUGAAAGUGAGCAGAGCAGUGAAGAGGAGAGGAAACACGAGAGGAAGAUUAAACAACGUAAGAGCGUCACAGAGUCUGAAUCUGACGAUGAGGACAGUGAGUCUGAGAGCAGCCAGUCUGAGUCUGAAGACUCUGAAUCUGAGGUUGAAGUCAAAAAGAAAAAAAAGGCAGCUGAAUCCAAACCUCCCUCUAAGCCUGUCAAGAAAGUAAGCAAGAAGGAGAAGAAAGAAAUGUCUCUGCUCGACCUUGACGACUUUGAGCCCGCUCCAUCUCCUCAAGUCACACCCGUCAACAACUUCCUCUCAAACAGCCUUGUGACCGACCUGGAGGGAUUAUCUCUGUCUGAUGCUGUUCUCUCACCUGCAACCAUCGCUCCCUCCAGUGCACUGAAGAGCUACGAGCUGCUGCACCGGAUCACAGGGGAGGGUCUGUCAGUGGAGUACUGCUUCAGCCGACAGCCGUUCAGCCCCGAUGCUAACAUGGUGGCGGUGCAGAUGCAGUUCACCAACAACGCCACCUCCGAAACCAAGAACCUGCACAUAGAGGACGUGAAGCUCCAGUCUGGGAUGAGGGUCAAAGAGUUUCCUGAAAUCGAGCUGCUGCCAGCAGGCGAGACAGCCACGGCCGUGAUGGGCAUUGAUUUCAGCGACUCAACACAAGCAGCAAACUUCCAGCUGUGCACACACACCAGGAAAUUCUUCGUGUCCAUUCAGCCGCCCGUUGGGGAGCUGAUGAGGCCCGUCUUCCUCACAGAGAACGAGUUUAAAAAGGAGCAAGGUCAGCUGAUGGGUAUGAAUGAGAUCACGGAGAAGCUAACCCUGGACGCAAAGUGCCGGAACGAACACGCCAUCGUGCAGAGGGUGACGACUGCAGCCAACCUCAGCAGAGUCCCAUGUGGUUCAGACAAAGAGUGCAGUCCUCCUCUUCCUCCUCCUGAUCACCCUAUCCACAGGUUUGCGGGCAGGACGGUGAGCAGCAGCAGCUUGGUGUUGGUCACCGUUGCCACCAAAGAGGAAGGAGCCGCCCAGCUGACGGUCAACUGUGAGAAGAUGGUGAUCGGCACGAUGCUGGUGAAGGACAUCCUGCUGGCUCUGACGCAGUGACGUUUCUGCCCUACGGCCCCCCGCUCUCCUAAAAACAGGCCUCCCACGUAUCGUCUGUCACCUGUAGCAUCUCCUCCGUCCCCCUCUAACCUGAGAGGGAAGUUUCCAGAACGUUUGAGUGCAGUUUUUUGUAUAAGAGCCCUCGACUUUUAGAAAGUACUCUCACUGAAUGCCCCAGCGCUCGGUAAUAUUCUUGACAAUCAGGUAUUAUUGACUGAAAUUAGGCCUGAGCUGAAAUCUCUCUCCCUCCUUUCAAAUUAUUUUAAGGUAGCAAUCCAGUAGUGUUUAUUUUUAAUAUAUUUUUCCUCCUUAAAUUAGUUUUUGACAGCCCAGAUUAUUGAAUGAAUGAAACUAGAGAUUUGUGCAUCUAUUAAAGGGUUCAAAACCUGAAAUGUUCUUUUCACAAAGUCCACAUGUUUGUUUUUGAAUGCAUCUUGUGACCUUUCUCAGCAUAUUGAGGAACUGAAGCAGGGGAGUUAUGCAAUCUUUUAAGUGAUUGCGAUAAGAUACGAAAGGGCAACUCGAUUAGUUGGAGAAGUAUUUUAUUUUAUUCCUCACAGAGGAAAUUCAAAAGGAAGAUUUUAAAUAUUCAAAGUAUUUAGAAAAAAAUACAUCAUACAAGAGAAAUGUAAGAAUAUAGAGACAAAGGUAACCAGAUCCAAAUCAGACAAAACUGUAGAAGCCAGGAACGCUCAUGUUCGCUGUAUUUUUCCUGCUAUCUAAAGAUCAUAUUUCAUUAUUUCUUCAUUUCAAGAAAUUUAGCUUUGUUAUCUUGAGAUGAUGAUAUAAUAAAGCUGUUAUCACUAGACAACACGCCCUAUUAUCUCAAUGUAACAGCAUUAAAAAAAGGAACAUUUCAAGCAUGGCCUUUCUCAGCUUCCGUUCAACACAGAUUACGCAGGAUAUCUACAGCUGCAGAGCAGUUCAACAUGUGAAUGAAUACUUCCAAAUCAAAUCAUAAAAAAGAAAACAGUCUUGAAAUCUUGAAGUGACAGAACUGAGAAAGAAAGCUGACUUUUUCUGGAAGUAUUUUCAGAUAUGUAUUUCUUAAAACCAGCUCACAGGAGAAAAAGUAAAGAGACUUUUUACAUCCGAAGGCUUCCCCGUCUGGAGGCUAUUUAUUUAGACAUGGCCAUACUUACUCACGCCAUCUGCUGAGGAACGCCACAAGAUGCAGUUUGAAAACACAAUGUAUUUCAGCUUUUAGUUGAAAGAUUCUCAAAAUAAAAUAAGAUCUUUUUCUUCCCUUAUUACAAGAAAAAAAAAAUAACACUGUCAAAUCCCAACCACGAAUAUUUGCUGUGAACCGUUAAAAAUAAUUGCACAACACUUACUCUUUCACAAGUGGAUGCACAGGUCUGUCAACACUUUAAUUUGUUAGCUCCUAUGUUUUUUUUUAGCUAUCAGACUGUUUAAGAUGUAGAUACAAUAAGUGGUAGGUCAUAUACAGUAGGAAAAAAAAUCUCCCUUAAACACAACACCACAGUGUUUAAAAUCAGUACCUGAAUGUAGCAUGAAGGUUCAACUAUGAAAACAACUACCUACAACUCAAUAAUUCCAUUUUGGUUCAAUCAACGUCAUUAAUCAAUAACUGAAGAAUCCUCUCAGUAACAGAAAGACUCACACUCUGAGCGUUUUCUCAGCCGUUAUAGUGCACAUAUUCAUUCUAAUAAAUGGGGCAUUUAUAAAAAGUGAAGAUGUGUAAAUGUUAUUGUAUGUAUUGCAACAUGUAAUACAGUACCGCUAUAAGUAAGGUGUGGUGUGUGCGAGUGUGUCUGUGUGUGUGUGUGUGUUAGUGCGGGCAUGACGACACUGGUAAUCAACCUGGCGAACAUUAAACAUGAGUUCUGACGUGAUAUAAUAAUGAAGCACAUUACAACCAUCAGUCCUUUGGAGGAUAGUGAGAGAUCAUUCAUCUUUGGCGACUGCUGAAAGCUAAAAGGAUGAAUCAGUGAUAAACCAUUCUGCAGUGUAGUAACAGGUUCAUGCACUUUCAGACAGACUGAUAAGAGUGUAUCUUUAAAAGAUCUGAAAGAUCUACUCAAAAUAAUAUAAAGUACAGGGCCUUAAAUCACAAAUAUGUUAAAGCUGCUGUUGGUAGUCACAGAGUAAACAUCUGUUCAGAGAGAGGGACUUCAAAUCUCAACACUAUC